CUGCCCGUUAGUACGGUACGCGCCACAUCUUGACAUUUGUGCUACGCUUGAUUCGAGCAUCAUCUCGAGAAGAGCAACAGUUAUGCCCUCAGAUCAUUGUGUCAUUGGCUGACAACGUCCAAUAUUAAAUUUCGUCACGCGUUUAAGCGCGUACGUAUGGCGUAUGGCCUUGCUCUAUGGUAUGGCAUCGCGGGACAUUGUUCUCUGCUUCUUCCUUGCUGCCUUCCUGUAUUCGAGUUUCGGUCAAGCGAUGCCAAAGUCCGAGAUCCAGCCAGAAUUUCUAGCACUUCUGGAGAACCAUACGGUCAUUCAAGGUCGUGACGUCUCCUUCACCUGCGUCGUUAAUCAUCUUCAAUCUUACAAGGUCGCUUGGAUGAAGUCCGACUCGAAAGCUAUCCUGGCCAUUCAUACGCACAUGGUCGCUCAAAACCCACGGUUGUCUGUCACUCACAAUGGACAUAACACGUGGAAACUGCACGUGACCAACGUCCAACCGAACGACUCUGGCACGUACAUGUGUCAAGUUAAUACGGAUCCUAUGAGGAGUCAGAUUGGUCACAUGAAGGUAGUGAUACCGCCCGAUAUCAUGGAUUUGGACGAUUCGGCCGAUCUCCUAACGGCGAAAGAGAACAGUGAUCUGCGACUACGGUGUCGCGCCACAGGAACACCGAAACCUGUGGUCACUUGGCGACGAGAAGAUGGACGAAAUAUUACUCUUCGAACGGAGCAUGGUGUUCAACGAGUAAAGUCGUACGAAGGGGAGCAACUUCAUCUGACGGGCAUUCUGCGGCAGGAGAUGGGCUCUUACCUUUGCAUCGCCUCGAACGGCGUGCCGCCAACGGUCAGCAAACGAUAUUACGUGAACGUACGAUUUAAACCGCUGAUUAAAGUCUCGAACCAAUUAGUAGCGGCACCUGUUAACAGCGACGUCGUUCUUCAUUGCUACGUCGAGUCCUGGCCGAAAGCUCUGAAUACAUGGUACAGGGAGGAUGGUAUGAAAUUACUGUCGGACGAGAAACAUGAUCUAACGGAGAUUCCGUUGAACGAUUAUGCGUAUCAGUUGAACUUGACCAUCAGAAGACUGAAUAGGGACGACUUCGGUAGUUACAGCUGCUCGGCGGAAAAUUUGCUUGGCAAGGCCGAAGGAACGAUAAGACUACAAGAGUUGCAUUUGACGCGAACCACGUCGAUACCUAUUCGCCACAACACGGACUUCUUAGACAAGUACGGCUCGAAGAAGCAAAUGGACAGAACAGGGAACCAUGGAUUCGGACGGGAAGGUGGUUCAUUGUCGAAAAAUGGAAAUAUGGGUCACACAAAGCCGAUGUUAAGGAGAAAUAGUUCGAACACGUUGACGGAUGUCACAAUGAAAAAAUCGAAAGUUUCAUCAUAUCCGGCACCUGCACCUGCGCCAGCGCAUUCUACACCGACUCAACUGAGCGUUCAGAAUAGCGUCACAUCGCUGCGACAACAUUCGCGAUUAAACUGCGUAGGAUUAAUGUUCGCUUUCCUAGUGAUAGUGAUCUGUAACUCGUAAACAAUCGGCUGUUUCGUAUGUACGGAAGAGUACAAAUCACCUUUCACGGGGAUUAAACGAGAACAGGGAUUAAAGAAGAGGAGCUAAAAGAAAAAAGGCAGGAAGCAAAAAUAUCUUUGAAAACAAGAGUCCAUUUUAUCUUAACUAACGUUCGUUAUGUUUUACGUUAAAUAUUCAUAUUUUCGAUUCAUAGACAAUGUUUUUAUAUUCUUUUUUAUCUCCAAUGCGAGAAAUGGUCAGCGACGCUUCUAUCGUGUAGAAAAGUACACGCACAACCUUUAGGAUUAUAGAUGUUAUCGUUCACACAUGUGUGAUUAUGUCAAACGCAUCGAUAUACAUCGUUUUGUGGUGAAAAAAAUAACGAACGGUUUUUUAUGACAAUAACUGUAGUUGUAUACGGUAAAUCGGUAGAACAAUCAUCCAUCAUCGAUAAAACGCUCGCGGACUGUUGUCGUUGCCAGAUACACGUGUAGAAAGCGUGUAUGUGAAUUUACCGAAUCGAUGGAUGUUCAUUUUUAGACCAAUCUCUCGUGUCACACUGCCGAACACAGAUAUGAUGUACAGUUAUUUUCGAAUAUACGUUCGAACACGAACGUAGACGUUAAUUGUUUAUACAUAUUUUGUGCGUGUGCAUGUUGGGGGAACCGUUAUUCGCCGCUUUCCACAAAUUUUAUUUCGAAAAAUCGGUUGCUCAGGCAUGAAUGUGAUCGAACGAACGGAACGAGAUCUACUUUUACACACCCGAUCGUCGGUUCAUGAACGUUCUCAUUAGUAACAAAUGAAUGUAUUGUUUAUCGAUGUUAACGUCUGAGUUGUGUAUCUGUGUAUGUAUGUACGACAAUAAACGUUGUUUUUACCAA